AGCAAAGGAUGUUGAUGGAAAUCGCUGAGGCAUCUCUUUGUGGUGGAACGUCAACAGCUGCUGUUCCUCCAGCUCUGGGCUCGGUGUCCUUUGAGGAGGUGGCUGUGUAUUUCACAAAGGAGGAAUGGGCACUGCUGGAUCCCAGCCAGAGAGCCUUACAUGGGGAAGUCAUGCUGGAGAAUUCUAGGAAUGUGGCCACUCUGGGUUAUGAGCAGGAACAUGAGAACUACAAGGAGCCCAGCAUAGCACUAUUACGGAUGAUCAAGGCUGAAGAAGGGAUGCUUGGAAAUCAAGGGGCACUUCAAAAGACUAAGAAAAGCUGCAUAACGAGUGGAGAGAAGAAAUCUCCUUCUGGUCACAAGGAAGUCCUUGAACUCCCAACCCAGCAAGUGCAGCAACUAGAAGAAAGUGGAGACUAUUUUGGAUGUGGCAAAACAGACAGAGAGAAAUCUGUUUUCAGUAAAUACUCUACAGCCCAGACUGAAGGGGAACAAUAUGAACAUCAAGAGCAUGGGCACAGUAUCAAUCCUACCUCCUCUCUUGUUUUAUAUCACCCAUCGUAUAUCGGAGAGACACCAUAUGCAUUUAUAAAUGGUGGGGAAAACUUCACUUUGAGCAGUCAUCUUAUUUCCCAUGGACAGGAGAAACCAUAUGAGCGUGGAAAGGGACUCAGUAAGAAGCAGUUGCUUAUUUUACCCCCCCAAAAUCCCCCAAUAGAAAAACGAUAUAAGUGUCUGGAGUGUGGAAAGACCUUCACUCACAAAUGUAAACUUACUGUACACGAACGGACCCACACAGGGGAGAAACCAUACAUGUGCCUGGUGUGCGGAAGAAGGUUCAGUCAGACUGGACACCUUACGAGACAUCAACGAACCCACACAGGGGAGAAACCAUAUACGUGCCUGCACUGUGGAAGGAAGUUCAGUGGAAGUUCAAACCUUGUGAAGCAUGUAAGGAGCCACACGGGGGAGAAACCAUAUAAAUGUACAGAGUGUGGAAAGAGCUUCAGUCGGAAGACUACCUUUAUUUACCAUAAAAGGAUCCACACAGGAGAAAAACCAUAUCAGUGCCUGGAGUGUGGAAAGAGCUUUGGGCGGAACAGUAGCCUUUUGCAACAUAAAAGAAUUCACACAGGGGAGAAACCGUAUCAAUGCCUGAUAUGUGGAAAGAGUUUCAAUGGGUCCUCAGAUCUUAUGUAUCAUAAAAGGAUUCAUACAGGGGAGAGACCAUAUAAAUGUCUAGAGUGUGGAAAGCGAUUCAGUAGGAGAAGUCGUCUAACUUCUCAUAAAAGAAAGCACACAGGACAGAAACCAUAUAUGUGCCUGGUGUGUGGAAGGAAAUUCAGCCAGAGUGGUCAUCUUACAAGACACAAAAGAACUCAUACUGGGGAGAAACCAUAUACGUGCCUGAAGUGUGGAAGGAAGUUCAGUGGUAGAUCAAGCCUUGUGAUGCAUUUAAGAAUCCACACGGGGGAGAAACCAUAUAAAUGUAUGGAGUGUGGAAAGUGCUUCCGUCAGAGAACUACUUUUAUUUGCCAUAGAAGGAUCCACACAGGAGAAAAACCAUACAAAUGCCUGGAGUGUGGGAAGAACUUCAGACGGAACUGUCACCUUAUGAAACAUAAAAGAAUUCACACAGGGGAGAAACCGUAUCAAUGCCCAGAGUGUGGAAAGAACUUCAGUGUACGCUCGGAUCUUACAUAUCAUAGAAGGAUUCAUUCAGGGGAGAAACCAUAUAAGUGUUUGGAAUGUGGAAAGAGCUUCAAUUGCAGCAGUUACUUUAUUUGCCAUAAAAGGAUCCACACAGGAGAAAAACCAUACAAAUGCACAGAGUGCGGACGGAUCUUCAGCCAGAAAAAUCACCUUUCGCAACAUAAAAGAAUCCACACAAGAGAAACACCAUAGCUGGGGAGUUUUUGUCACAAGUGUUUUCUUCACAUUAAGAGACCCACAUGAAAAACACCAGAAAUAUGUGGACUGUGGAGUAACAUUCAGUUGGAAGAGGAAUCUUAUCAGACCUAAAUGAAUCCACAUGGGAGAACCAUAAAAAUGCUUGUAGUGUGAAAAUGGGUUCAAGAGCGGCACUGCCUUUAUUUCCCAUAGGAGGUCCUAUGAAUGCGGAGAAACUUUCAAUGCCAGCACUGGCCAUUUUUUCCCAAGAAAGCACAUAAAUAUGGGAGUUGGAUGAGCUUCGUGGACGCUAAACUUGGUGGAGUGUAGAAAGAACUGAUCCAUUCAGGGGAAACAGUAUAUUAAGAAACAGAGUGAAGAAACCAUUUUAAGAAGACAUGUCUUAAAUACCAGAAAAGUUCCACUCAGGAGAGAAACCAUAUAAAUGAGUGGAAUGUGGAAAGGGUUUUUUUUUCCUCAAGUCUUCACCAAGGGAGUAUGAGUUCCUCCCCACAAUGUUAGACCAACCUUGAGUAUUUUUCCCAAUGUAAGAGAUUCAAUCUGGGACUGUUGUAUUGGAGUCCAACAAGGGUUGUAAGGGAGCUCAAGUUAAGUCCCAUGAAAACAGACUGAAGCAGGUGGGAAUGUUUAGAAGUCAACCAAGGUGGAUAUAAUAUUCCUGCUGAAGCAUUUGUUGAGGUGUCCCAUAGGAGAAAGGAAAGGCUUGUCCCAGAUUGUCCUGAAGUGCAGAAUAAGCAUGGCAGAAUCCGGUUUAAUGUUACAAAAAUGUUGUUACGAUAGUGGUGAAAGUGUCAAACGCUCAAUAAGAACUUUGUCACCUUGCUCCUUUGUCAACUUUACUCUUUAUCUUAGUUUUGGAAGUCCUGAAUAGAAACAUUAGACAAGAUGAUCAAAUAACAGGUUUGAAGAUAAGGAAGUCUUCAAACUGAGGGCCUUUGCGGAUGAUUUAGUUUUAAUAUUACAAGACCCUUUGAAUAUUGUUGAACAUUUGAUGAAGAAAUUAAAGGAAUUUGGGUCAUUAGCUGGACUUAAAGUAAAUAAAGAAAAAACAAAGAUGUUGACCAGGAAUAUGACUACACACAGUCAAGAAAUGUUGAUGGGUAAUAAUGGUUUUAAAAUGGAAAAAAAGGUCAGAUAUUUGAGGGGGACAUCAAAUACGAAUUGUAUGUUUCAGAAUAACUAUGUUAAAUUGUGGAGUGAUGUUAAGGACAAAUUAUGGGAAAAAUUACAACUGUCGAUUUGUUGGAUAUCUGUGAUUAAGAUGAAUGUUUUAUCUAUACUGUUGUUUUUGUUCCAGACAAUACCAAUUUUGAGAACAGAUUUACUGUUUAAACAAUGGCAGAAAGAUAUAUCUAAGUUCAUUUGGCAAGCGAAGAAACCAAGACUCAAGUAUAGAUUGUUACAAGAUGCCAAAGAACGAGGAGGUCUAGGUUUGCCUGAUUUGAAAUUCUAUUUUGUUGCCUGCUGUUUGCUAUGGAUGAAGGAUUGGGUGACUUUGAAGGACAAGAAAUUAUUGGAAUUAGAAGGACAUGAUUUCUAAUAUGGGUGGCACGCCUACUUGUGGCAUGAUAAAGUUAAAGUUAAUAAAGAUUUUAAAAAUCAUUCUGUUAGGUGUGCCACACUGAGGGUUUGGAAUAAAUAGAAACCAAUAUUGUCUCCUAAUGUAUUUAUAUGGUUGUCCCCUCAAUAAGCCUUUUUUUUAGGAGAGAGAUGGCAGGCAAACCAAGCUGGUUGAGAUAUGAAGAUUUGUUGAAUUUUGAUACCUAAACUUAAAACAAAGGAACGACUAGAUUUGGAAGGUCAUAUUUGUCACUGGUUUAAUUUCGCACCUUUGUCAGAACGGUUUAAUUUGGAUAAGGUAUAUAAUUUUGCUAAUGAAAAAACACAGUUUGAAAUGGAACUUUGUACAAACUAUGAGCAUCUUAUUAAGAAAAUGUAUAAAAUGUUGCAAUUGAAUUUAGAAGAUGAAUAUGUUAAACAUUGCAUGAUUAAAUGGGCUAAGAAUUUGCGGGUUAAACCGCUGAGCUGCCGAUCGGAAGGUCGGCGGUUUGAAACCGCGCGGCGGGGUGAGCUCCCGUUGCUAGUCCCAGCUCCUGCU